GGCAGGAGCAGAGGGAAAGAAGACCCGACCCUCCAUUCUUCGGGGGAGGGGGGUGCCGCAAUUUUAGGCGCAUCCUCCUAAUCACCCCCUUCUCCCUCUCGAAAGCGAGUGGUUGUAAAGGUGGCACAAGGCGUGAUCCCUGACGGGGAUCUGCUGAGGGGAAAUUCAGGCACGAGCCAGAGCAGAACCGCCGCAGCGCAACCGGGCGGCAGCGCCUGAAGCUCUGAGGCCGAUAGAUUCAUGAAGGGGGCGAGCUCAUCAAUCGGUCAGCUUGGCUGGUUUGUGAGCCUGAGAGGGGAGUGCGAUCGAUCGAUCGAUCCGCGCUCUCCGUGAGCCGUCUUCAGGGCGUUCGCGCGCUCUGCCCUUGCCCCAGUUGACGCCAUUUUGUGCGGUGGCGGGAGAAGCGGCCGGACGAGUGUAAUGAGAAUUCAUGUCUGAUCUUGAGCAAUGCUGAAACCUACAGCCACUGCCUUUUCAUUGGAUAAUUUGUUUUUUGAAAGUCCAGAUGCCAGUCAAAACAGAUAUUUAGAACACGAAGAGCCAAAAAAUUGGUAUCUUGCACCUGCUCCAUCUGUUACUGGAAUUCCAGCCACUCAGGAGUUACAGAAGGAAUUGGAAAAAAAUAACUGUCUAGAUGGAAAAGAAGCUAAAGUACAGUCAUUUCCUGAUGCUUCAAAGACUUUUGGCAUGGAAGGAACUGUAAAAAAAGAUUUGGGGUUUUUGAGGGCUGUUACAGAAAUCCCUGCUCAGUUUAGAAAUAUUUUCAAGGAAUUCCCAUAUUUUAACUACAUACAGUCCAAGGCUUUGGAUGAUAUUCUUUACACAGAUAGGAAUUUUGUGAUUUGUGCUCCGACUGGUUCUGGAAAAACUGUAAUGUUCGAACUAGCUAUUACAAGGUUACUAAUGGAAGUGCCGAUGCCUUGGUUAAAUAUUAAAAUUGUCUAUAUGGCUCCAAUAAAAGCUCUGUGCAGUCAGCGUUUUGAUGAUUGGAAAGAUAAAUUUGGACCUAUUGGGCUCAGCUGUAAAGAAUUGACAGGAGAUACAGUGAUGGAUGAUUUAUUUGAAAUACAACAUGCUCACAUUAUUACGACCACACCAGGAAGCAAAGGGAAGCCACAAGAGCGGUCAUGCGACUCUCUCCCCAGCAGUAUGUUUUGGGUGCCCUGGGCCACCGGCAGAGAGGAAAAAUGGGAUAGCAUGACUAGAAAAUGGAGAGACAACUCUUUAGUCCAACUGGUACGACUGUUCCUCAUUGACGAGGUACAUGUUGUGAAAGAUGAAAGCCGUGGUGCAACACUUGAGGUUGUAGUCAGUCGGAUGAAGACUAUACAGUCUUCUCUUUCACGUAUCUCAGAGAAUCCUGCCAUGCUUACUCCCAUGAGAUUUGUGGCUGUUUCUGCAACAAUCCCAAAUGCUGAGGAUAUUGCAGAAUGGCUUUCAGAUGGUAUGAGACCUGCUGUAUGUCUGAAAAUAGAUGAAAGUCAUCGACCUGUGAAGCUUCGCAAAAUAGUUCUUGGAUUUCCCUGCAGUAGCAACCAAACAGAAUUCAAAUUUGACUUAACACUUAACUACAAAAUAGCUAGUGUUAUACAAACAUACUCUGAACAAAAACCAACCCUUGUGUUUUGUGCCACAAGAAAAGGAGUACAGCAGGCUGCUUCAGUUCUUGCAAAAGAUGCUAAAUUUAUUAUGACUGUGGAACAGAAACAAAGAUUACAAAAGUGUGCAAAUUCAACAAAAGAUACCAAAGUGAGAGAUCUUUUAAUGUGUGGUGUGGCUUAUCAUCAUGCUGGUAUGGAGCUAUCUGAUAGAAAAAUAAUUGAAGGAGCUUUUACCAGGGGAGACUUACCAGUACUUUUUACUACUAGUACCUUAGCUAUGGGAGUAAAUUUACCCGCACAUCUGGUAGUUAUAAAAUCUACAAUGCACUACGUUGGAGGAAUGUUUCAAGAAUACAGUGAAACAGAUAUUCUGCAAAUGAUUGGGAGAGCAGGGAGGCCUCAAUUUGACACUACAGCUACAGCAGUUAUCUUGACUAGGUUAAGUACAAGAGAGAAAUAUGUACAGCUGUUAAAUGGUGCAGAUACAAUAGAAAGCAGUUUACACAAACAUCUUGUUGAGCAUUUAAAUGCAGAAAUAGUGUUGCUCACCAUCACGGAUGUGAAAAUAGCUUUGGAAUGGAUACGAUCAACUUUCCUAUACAUCAGAGUUUUGAAAAAUCCAGUUCAUUAUGGUUUUUCGCCUGGACUAGACACAGUUGGAAUUGAAGCAAAAUUACAAGAAUUGUGUUUGAAGAAUUUGAAUGAUUUGUCAUCUCUUGAUUUGAUCAAGAUGGAUGAAGAAUUUAAUUUCAAACCUACAGAGACUGGAAAACUAAUGGCUUGGUACUAUAUUGCAUUUGAUACAGUGAAACGGUUUUCCUCAAUUAAUGGAAAAGAAACUUUAUCUGAACUGAUCACAAUGAUAUCCGGCUGCGUUGAAUUUUCAGAUGUCAAGUUAAGAAUAAAUGAGAAGAAAAUAUUGAACACUUUGAAUAAAGACAAGAACAGGAUAACUAUCAGGUUUCCAAUGGAAGGGAAGAUAAAAACAAGAGAAAUGAAAGUAAACUGUCUUAUUCAGGCUCAAUUAGGAUGCAUUCCUAUUCAAGACUUCACUUUGACACAAGAUAUGGGCAAAAUUUUCAGACAUGGCUUAAGAGUUACUAAAUGGUUAUCUGACUUUCUGGCAUCACGUAAAAACAAUUUUCCUGCAUUAUUAAACUCUUUGAUUUUAGCUAAGUGUUUCAGGUGCAAACUGUGGGAAAACUCUCUGCAUGUAUCCAAACAGCUAGAAAAAAUUGGUGUAACACUAUCAAAUGCAAUGGUAAAUGCAGGUCUGACAUCGUUUAAAAAAAUUGAAGAUGCAAAUGCAAGGGAGCUUGAAUUGAUUUUAAACAGACAUCCUCCUUUUGGAAACCAAAUAAAAGAAUCUGUGCUACACCUACCAAAAUAUGAACUUGACAUUGAGCAGCUUGCAAAAUACAGCGAUACGGUGGCUGAAAUCUUAGUGACCAUCAUAUUAACAAACUUUGAACAGCUUCAGAUUAAGAGAACUGCACCAGACUUUCACUAUGUAACCUUGAUCAUAGGAGAUGCUGAUAAUCAAGUGGUUUUUAAACAGAAAAUUAUGGAUUCUGUCUUGCUGAAAAAUGGAAAUUGGACUAAAAAAAUUGAAGUGAAAAGAGCUCUUAAAUCUGAGGAACUUAGCAUAACUUUAAUUAGCUCUGAAUACGUUGGGGUGGAUAUUCAGCAAACCUAUACAGCCUUUUACUUAGGACCAAAAAGGUUUGGAAAUGAAGUUGUUUUACAAAGAAAAUUAGAAGCUGAGUCUUCACCUAUGUAUCAUGCCUCUUCAAUAAGAUCAGCAGCAGCGAGAAAGGAUACAGGAGGUGCCUGUAACCGAGAGAUCACCUACAUGAAACUUGGGAACAGAGAAUGCAGCCAUCACUGUAAAAAUAAAGAUGUAUGUGGACAUGACUGCUGUAAAGUUGGAGUGUCACAAAAAUCUGAGUUAAAGAAAGAUUCAAAGUUUUCUUCGUACCUAGCUGAUUUAAGGAACAGAAACUCAAUUUCAUCAGUUCCCCCAGUAAAACGAUUAAAGAUGCAGAUACAGUUAAAUAAAUCUCCAAAUGUGGAUCUGAAACAAUUUGUUUUUACACCAAAAUCUUUGUUGCCAGCAUUGCCAAGGUGUGACUAUGCACAGUCUUCUGCCUCAGCUUCACAAGAACACUGGAAUAAUGUUAAUAUCCUUGGUAGACCUCAGAACCAGCUGCAAUCAGAGAGUUAUGAAAAGAGUAAUUUCUCUUGGGAACAUUCUGUGACUGUAAGUGAGGAGAGCCAUCAGAUGAUGACGUCAAAGAAAAAUCUUAAAGAAUCUUUAAUGCAUAAUUUUACUAAUGCAGAUAAAAGCAGCUCUUGGUUUUCAGAGGCUUUGAAUGUGAACUUUGAAUUGGGAGAUGAAGUUUGGGAUGAUUUUGAUGAUGACAAAUUAAUACAUGCUAGCAGCUUUCUCACUAGUGUGGAGAGUAGAGAAGAUUUAGAAUCUGGAAACACUUGCCUUCAAAGUACAAUAGAAUGUAAACCACUGUUUCAGAAUUCAGAGAACAAAGUCACAAGUGACAUUUCAAAAAAUUUUUGCAUGUCACGAGAUAAGUCUGGUGUUCAUCUACAAAAUUCUGCCUUUUCUACAUUAAAUGCACCAUCAGAAAAGAAAUUAUCUGUACAAUAUGAAAAUACGAGUACUUUCAGCUUUCAAAAAAGAAAACAUCCAAAUCCUCUACAAGAGUUGAAAAACAGAGAGUUUUCUCGUAACUCAGAAAUAAUCUCAGGUUCUUCUCAAUUCAUUGGAAAGGAGAAUUUUUUUAUUUGCAACAAAGAAAGGAAAAAAGAAAUUGAUGUCAGAUAUCUUUCAGACGAUGAAACCAAUGACAUUAAGCCUUUUCUUGGAAUAUUUGAUGGCAUUUUCUAAAACAUAAACAAGAUAUAUUUUUUGAAAAUGUUUGAAGAAUAAAUCAAAACAGACCAGGAAUUAGAAAACACAAUCAAGACAAGCAAACAGAAGCAACACAAUUGAAAAUCAGAGUGCAAAAACACUCCCAUUUUGACAGACUGAGGAUUUGAUCCUAUAAUAUGUUGAGUACUCUGAGUUGACAGCUUCAGUGGGAGUUGAUAGUGCUUAGCGCCUAACCAAAAUGAGCAGUUUUCUGAUUUUUUUCCCCUCCAAUAAUUUCUUUCCCUGGUUGUUGACUAUUUUGGCCACAUUUGCACAUUGAGUGAGAUAUUUCCAUUGAGUUGUCUUCAGUGGGGCCUAGAUCUUAGUUGUUUGUAGGCUGGAAAGUGCUUUAAAUUAGUAUUGUCAAUUUAGAUUUAUUGUGUAAUAAGUGUUUUUAGUUUUGAUUGUACAUGCAAUUACAGAUUCCGAUAACAAAUUAUUUUAACUGAAUUUUUAAAAAAUCCAGCAUUUUAUGGAAUUAUGGUAACCUUCCUUGUUAGGAGACAGCCAACAGAAGGGAAGGCAAAAGAGCUAAAACCACAUAUUACAUGAUAAAUCCAAACUGACAGUGCCAAUUCAAAGUACUUUCCAACUUACCAAACGUUAGAAAAAGAUCUGGACCUCAUAGGAAACAUGGUAGCCCUUUCCUACAGAAGGAGAUGAUAUAGGCCAAUAUGAAGAGCUUUUUGGUGAGCUGUGUGUGGUGCAGAACAAGGCCCAUAUUAUUGCUCCUUUGCAAAAUUAGAUGUGCCUGUAUGUGCCCCAAAACUGAACACCGCUUGAAUUUGAGCCUUUAUACUUCACCUACAUUUGCUGGUUUUAUAUUGAUAAUAUUAUCUUGAAGAUAUUAUCUUUGAAGUUACUCUCUUUUCCCCUUAAAUUAAAGCUUACCCAAAGUGUAGGGGGUUAAUAAUUAUUAUUGGAAUUUUUACAUCUUCAAACUGGUUAAUUUUCUAUAGCCAAAUUUCAGAUUUCUCCUGAUAGGUUUUCCUCCCCAUAUGAAUUUUUCAUUUCAUAUGCUGUUCAUCAGUAACCUAUCCUCCAUGUUUUGGGGAAUAUCAUCAGUUUGUUUGUAAUUCACGGUCAUAUUUCUUUUGAUAGAAAAGGCUUUCAUUUCCAUUUUGGUGUAUAGU